AUGGAUACCUUGUUUAAACUAGUCAGUUUUCAAAAUCAAAAUCAACCUGAUCCAUCUCUCAACUCCACCACCAGCAGAACAUCUAGCAGCUCUAGAUCCUCCAGACAAAACUAUCAUCAUUAUAAUUACCAGAAAGAAGACGAAGAAUGCUUUAACUUUUACAUGGAUGAAGAAGACUUAUCAUCCUCUUCUUCCAAACACUACUACCCUUAUGAUCAGCCACACAACGCAUUCACCACCGCCUUUAACACAACCACAACCACAAGCACCACCCCUACCACCACCACUGAUUACUCCUUCUCACCCAUCCUUGACUUCAACUUGGAAUAUUCCGGCAACAAGUGGGCAUCCAAUAUCCUCCUCGAAACCGCACGCGCCAUUGCCGACAAGAACAGCACACGAAUCCAACAACUGAUGUGGAUGCUCAACGAGCUAAGCUCACCGUACGGUGACACAGAUCAAAAGCUCGCCUCUCACUUCCUCCGAGCCUUGUUCAGCCGCAUGACCGAUGAAGGAGACCGAAACUACCGAACCUUAGCUUCGGCAUCCGACAAAACAUGCUCCUUCGAAUCAACAAGGAAGAUGUUGUUGAAGUUCCAAGAGGUUAGUCCCUGGACAACCUUCGGCCAUGUCGCUUCCAAUGGUGCCAUCUUAGAAGCCUUAGAAGGUAACCCAAAUUUACACAUAGUUGAUAUAAGCAACACGUAUUGCACCCAAUGGCCAACCUUACUCGAAGCAUUGGCCACUCGCAGCGACGAAACACCGCACUUAAAGUUAACCACCGUGAUGACCGGCAGAGCCGGUCACCCAAUCGCGGCGGUUCAGAAGGUCAUGAAGGAAAUAGGUACAAGAAUGGAGAAAUUCGCUAGGCUUAUGGGUGUUCCUUUCAAAUUCAAUCUCAUUCACCAUUCUGGUGAUCUUUCUAACUUCAACUUUGAAGAUUUAGAUAUCAACGACGACGAGGCUUUGGCUAUUAACUGUGUGAACGCUUUGCAUUCUGUUACGGCCGUUGAUAACAACCGUGACGUGUUGAUAUCUUCUUUUAGGAGGUUGCAGCCUAGGGUUUUGACCGUUGUUGAAGAGGAAGCUGAUCUUGAUGUUGGUUUCGAUGGGUUUGAGUUUGUGAAAGGGUUCGAAGAAUGCUUGAGAUGGUUUAGGGUUUACUUUGAGGCAUUGGAUGAGAGCUUUGCGAGGACGAGCAGCGAGCGUUUGAUGCUUGAACGUGCGGCGGGGAGAGCCAUCGUUGACUUGGUGGCUUGCUCUCCUUCUUUGUCCGUUGAGCGGCGGGAGACGGCGGCGCGUUGGUCGCAGCGUCUGCAUGGAAGCGGGUUCAAUACUGUGCCGUUCAGCGAUGAGGUUUGUGACGAUGUUAGGGCGCUGUUGCGGAGGUACAAGGAGGGUUGGUCUAUGGCACAGUGCUCCGACGCCGGAAUAUUCUUGUCGUGGAAGGACCAACCGGUGGUGUGGGCCAGUACAUGGAGGCCUUGA